AUGAGCGAUGAGCCAGUCCGCAAGAGACGCAGGCUGCAAGUGCCUGAAGCAGGACCUUUUGUACUCAAAAAGGUACUGGAUGACAUCCCACUCAAUGCGGACGGCCCCAACGAGGAAGUAUCAAUAACAUGUGUCGAAUUCUGGAACGACAAUCUCUACAUUGGAACUUCUGCCUCCGAGAUAUUGCAUCUGGUCGAAAAUGAUCAGCCUCAGUACAUCCUGGCUUCACGACUGCAGCCGAGUGGUCACGAUGCUGAUAGUGGUAGCCAGCCGCCAGGUGUUCAACAGAUUCUGGUCCUGCCUGGACCACUAAAGGCGUGUGUGCUUUGCAACGGCACCGCUUCCUUCUACUCGCUGCCUGAACUUAGUCCAGCUUUUCCAAACAGGGAGCCGACGGGAGUGCAAUGGAUUGGUGGUUUCGAUGAGAAUCUCGGCGCAGACGACCCUGACGGAACUUCAAUCAUGAUUGCAACCACCAGACGAAUUCUCCAGGUUCGAGUGGGAGAUAAGUUGAAACCAAUUCGGCCUAACAUCGAGUACCCCGAAUGUCACGAAGCCGCUCGUAGAGACACCAUCGCCUGUGUUGCCAAUGCGACCAGCUACGCUUUGUUGGAGAUAGAACAUCAGCAGAAAAUUCCCCUCUUCGACAUCUCUACUGCUCCCAUUCUGGACGCCCCGCAAGACAACCACUUGGUUGUACCACCGAUCACGGCUCAAGCCCAUACACGAAGCAGAAGUUUGGGUGAUUUUCCGUCUUCUGCAACUGCUUCUGGUUCCUCAGCACCUGCCGAUAGAGCAAUUUCUCCUGUACAUACGACAGAGACUACCUCACGCUCCGGAAGCCGUCCUCGAUCGUCCACCGCAGAGACAAGCCCUACGCCGCCUGCGAGGCAGCAACGAUCCGUAAGACCACUCAAACCACACGUCAUUUCAGCAUUCACCAACGAAUUCAUGCUUACCACGGGGACGACUCCUUUUGAGCCUGGUGUGGGCAUGUUCGUCAAUCUGGAUGGCGACGUCUCGCGAGGUACAGUUGAGUUCGAUUACUAUCCGCAAGCAGUCAUGUCUUGUACUUUUCAGGAUAAGGAUCAGUCUACCAUCGAUCUUGAUGAGAACCAAUUUAUUGUUGCGCUGAUUGACCGACCUCAUUCGGAGAAGCUUGAAUAUGGUUUGCAGAUCCAACAGCUAGACUCCAACAAUGAUAAUGCUACAUCAAAAGUGUGGCUAAGACUUGCAUACAGCGAUCAUGACCUCCAGAUCGGCAAGGCUGGGCUCCAUCGGUCGGUCAGUGUACAGCGUCAUGCUUUCCAAGAAGUCGCCGACCUACUUCAGGCUGUCCGUUAUCAGCCGAUAAAUCAGUCUUCUUCAGAGCAGCACCCUGAUCCGGGCGCAAAUGCUUUAAAAGGAACUGCGCAAGAGCGAGGGGUCUCUAAGAUAGAUGCGAAUGGACGCGUGGAUCCGACGACUGAGUAUGUUGCCAAACGUGCUGCAGAAGAACUCAAAUUUGUUCAACGUCUAGGUCAUACUGUAACACAAGCAAUGACCUGGUGUGGCGAGAACCUCUACCAGGUACUACCCAAUCCACUACUACUCCAGUUAGAAAGCCAGAUGCUCAGUGCCAUCAAAGUCGAUGACAAGGGCUACCACCUCGAACAGGUCAAUGUACCUCAAAUCCUGUCCUUCCUAGGCAGUGUUAGGAAUCGCGAGGCGCAGAACGAGACAGAGUUUCUUAGUAUCAAAUACGCUCGCCAGAAAGCAAGCAUGAUUCUAUUCGUCCAUUUGCUUACUGGACUUAAGAACAAUGCGAAUCUCAAAGCGGCGUCUAAAUUGGCAGAGAAUGCACUUUUAGAGAGCGAGCUCGAUCCUAGAGUGCCCCUCUCGCUGCUGAACCCUCUUUCGUAUGAGGUCUUGUAUGGGUCAACUGGUGUCUGGAUUCAACAAGGCCUCAUCGACUGCCUCGAAGGGUUUGAGUCACCUAUGGUGAACCCUGAAGAUAGUCCUGCGGAAUUCUGGAUGAUGAUCCGGCACUUUCUUAGCACUUGGCAGGAGAAAAGAGGUGCGUCUGGCAGCAUCAGCGACGAAAAGGCCAUCUUCGACAGCGUGGAUGCAGCGUUGCUACGUCUACUGCUCUACCAGGACUCCGUCUCAAGAACUGAUGGCGUACAAACUGCGACACGUGUAAAGCUGAAUAAUGUGGUCGAUCACUGGAAGGGUGAUUUCGAUCGGGCUGUUAUACUGCUUGAACAUCACAAACGCCUUUUCCUUCUUAGUCGCUUGUAUCAAAGCAGGAAAUCUUCACGAGACGUUCUGCAUACCUGGAAGCGCAUCUGUGACGGCGAAGACAACCUAGACGACGAUGUUGCACCCGAGCAUGUCUACCUUCAGAUGAGAAAAUAUUUACCUCUACUUCGUGACACCUCACUCGUCAAGGAUUUUUCUGUGUGGCUGGCACAACGUUCGCCAGAACUGGCUGUUCAAGUCCUAUCUGACGACAACGGUCGUGUCAAAUUUGCUCCUGCAGAAGUAGUCUCUUUGCUUAAGGAGUAUGCACCAGGAGCUGUUCAGCUCUUCCUAGAGCACCUGGUCUUCACUAAGAAUCUGGACCAGUAUGCUGACGACCUGGUCGGCUACUAUCUUGACUCUGUUUUGAGUGUGCUCGAACAUUCCGAUCAGGCACGACAAUCACUUGCUGAAAGCUACACAACCUACAGAGCAUUGACGUCUCCAAAACCGACUUACCUUAAUUUCAUUCAGGAAAACGCGCCCGAGGAGCCUUGGUGGCAGUCGCGGCUGCGGCUGCUGCAGCUUCUUGGCACAGGAGGUUAUGCUGCAGCAACCGGCACCAGCAAAACACUAACGUACUCCGUCGACAUGGUCCUUGAACGGUUGAAACCAUUCAGCACAUAUUUAGUCUCCGAAUCGAUAAUUCUUGAUGCUCGUCAAGGACGUCAUAACGAAGCAUUAAAACUGCUGGUUCAUGGGCUUGGAGACUACGAUACUGCUGUUCGGUAUUGCUACUUUGGCGGUCCGAGCUCGCCUUCCACAACCAUCGACACAAGCAUGCUUCCGUCAUGGACUCAGCAAGAGCAGCAUUUCCAGGCCCUCUUCGACGAGUUCCUACGAAUUGAAGAUGAGGAGGAGCGCCUAGAUAGAACAAGUCAUCUGCUGGGCACUUUCGCUACGUGGUUUGAUCCAUUGACAGUUCUUGAGUCUAUUCCUGAAACGUGGUCUAUUUCUUUACUUGGCGAAUUUCUGCUGAGGACUUUCAGAAAUGCUGUGACUGAGAGAAACCAAGCUAUUAUCGUUAAAGCCCUGAGCGCUGCGCAGAAUCUGCAAAAGCAGGCUGAAUUUAUUGACCUAUGUGAGAAGAUGGGUUCCAAGCUAGAGCUCGACAGCAGCACCACAAGUCGACCUUCAGAUGAUAUCGAAGUUAACACUGCGCCUACAUAA